UGAGAAAUAUGGCCUCUAGAGAGGUCACAAGGUUUUUCUAUUUUUAGACCUACUGACCUAGUUUUUGACCCCACGUGACCCAGUUUCGAACUUGACCUAGAAAUCAUCAAGGUGAACAUUCUGACCAAUAUUCAUGAAGAUCUCAUGAAAAAUAUGGCCUCUAGAGAGGUCACAAGGUUUUUUAGCUCACAUGUCACAAAGUGACAGUGUGAGCUUUUGUGAUCAUGCAGCGUCCGUCGUCCGUCGUCCGUGCGUCCGUCCGUCCGUGCGUAAACUUUUGCUUGUGACCUCUCUAGAGGUCACAUUUUUCAUGGGAUCUUUAUGAAAGUUGGUCAGAAUGUUCAUCUUGAUGAUAUCUAGGUCAAGUUCGAAACUGGGUCACCUGCGGUUGAAAACUAGGUCAGUAGGUCUAAAAAUAGAAAAACCUUGUGACCUCUCUAGAGACCAUACUUUUCAAUGGAUCUUCAUGAAAGUUAGUCAGAAUGUUCACCUUGAUGAUAUCUAGAUCAAGUUUGAAAGUGGGUCACGUGCCUUCAAAAACUAGGUCAGUAGGUCAAAUAAUAGAAAAACCUUGUGACCUCUCUAGAGGCCAUAUUUCUCAAUGGAUCUUCAUGAAAAUUGGUCAGAAUGUUCACCUUGAUGAUAUCUAGAUCAAGUUCGAAACUGGGUCAACCGCGGUCAAAAACUAGGUCAGUAGGUCUAAAAAUAGAAAAACGUUGUGACCUCUCUAGAGGCGAUAUUUUUCAUGGGAUCUGCAUGAAAGUUGGUCUGAAUGUUCAUCUUGAUGAUAUCUGGGUCAGGUUUAAAACUGGGUCAACUGCGGUUAAAAACUAGGUCAGUAGGUCAAAUAAUAGAAAAACUUUGUGACCUCUCUAGAGGCCAUAUUUUUCAUGGGAUCUGUAUGAAAGUUGGUCUGAAUGUUCAUCUUUAUGAUAUCUAGGUCAAGUUCGAAACUGGGUCAACUGCGGUCAAAAAUUAGGUCAGUAGCUAUAAAAAUAGAAAAACCUUGUGACCUCUUUAGAGUCCAUACUUUUCAAUGGAGCUUCAUGAAAAUUGGUCAGGAUGUUCACUUAGAUGAUAUCUAGUUCAAUUUUGAAAGUGGAUCACGUGCCUUCAAAAACUAGGUCAGUAGGUCAAAUAAUAGAAAAAACCUUGUGACCUCUUUAGAGUCCAUACUUUUCAAUGGAUCUUCAUGAAAAUUAGUCAGGAUGUUCACUUAGAUGAUAUCUCGUUCAAGUUUGAAACUGGGUCACGUGCCUUAAAAAACUAGGUCAGUAGGUCUAAAAAUAGAAAAACCUUGUGACCUCUCUAGAAGCCAAACUUUUCGAUGGAUCUUCAUGAAAAUAUGUCAGAAUGUUCACCUUGUUGAUGUCUAGUUCAGUUUCGAAACUGGGUCAUGUGCCGUCAAAACUUAGGUCAUUAGGUCACAUAAUAGAAAAACCUUGUGACCUCUCUAGAGGCGAUAUUUGUCAUGGGAUCUGUAUGAAAGUUGGUCUGUAUAUUCAUCUGGAUGAUAUCUAGGUCAGGUUCGCAACUUGGUCAACUGUGGUCAAAAACUAGGUCAGUAGGUCUAAAAAUAGAAAAAUCUUAUGACCUCCCUAGAAGCCAUAUUUUUCAAUGGAUCUUCACGAAUAUUGGUCAGAAUGUUCACCUUGAUGAUAUCUAGAUCAGGUUCGAAAUUGGGUCAUCUGCGUUCAAAAACUACGUCAGUAGGUCUAAAAAUAGAAAAUCCUUUUGACCUCUCCAGGGGCCAAUCUUUUUCAAUGGAUCUUCCUGAAAAUUGGUCAGAAUGUUAACCUUGAUGAUGUUUUUAUCUUUUCAGGAUUCUUCAGUUGGAGUGGAUCUUACCCGAUCUGUGUCCGAGGAAGAAAGAAAUAAUUAUUUAUUAGAAUUUCUGCAUUGAUGGCAGAAAAAUCUUAUUUUAAAUGCGCUAAAAUUCUGCAAAAACAGAAUUUGUACCCAUUUCUCAAAUUAUUGACUUGCAAUUAUUAACAAUACAAUGCUUUAUUAUUGGGUAUCGCAGGCUUCAGCCGUACCGGGUAAGUGCCAUUGGUAAAAAAAAGAUUUGCUUAAUUCUGUGGAUUGAAUAAUUUUGUUGCUAUCAGUAGUCCUCUUCUAUUAACAAUUUUCAAAUAAAAAGAAAAAAUUCGGAUCAUGAUCCUUAUACAAUAAACACACAUUUUUGUUAAAAAUUACCAAUGUUGGAAAGGACCUCUUCCAGGGAGAACACUUCCUGGUUGAACAUGGUUAUCACUUUAUGUUUUGCUUUAUUUCUUACAUAUCUGUAAAUUUCUUUGAAAGUAGUCUACUGAUAUACUUUAAGUGAGACAUAUUAUAUAUUAAAAAAUAUUUUCCUGUGAUUGUCAAAGUAAGUUCCAGUAUAAUCAUAGCUUGUAAAUGGACUUUUUGACCCCUCUAGAAGUCAUAUUGUUGAAUGCAUCUUCAUGAAAGUUGCUCAAAAUGUUUGUCUUGAUCUGUGAGCUCAGUUCAAAACUUGAUCAUGUGUAGACCGCUAAGCGAUUCAGGAACAUUAUGGUCGUCUUUUUUACAUGAAGAUGUGCAACAAUGUGUGUACUUACAUUUAAGCAGUAUUCAGUUUUCCAACAAUAGACCAGAAUUCAAUGUCCGAGUGAAGUGAGACUUAAACCCAAAGCUGAGAGAGACGAGUGAUUUGCAGUCACAGACUACUCAGUCAUUGAGCUCUUCCCCUAAUUAAUUUGGAAUGAAAUAUUGUCUUUAUUAAGAUUUUGAAAAUUAUAUCUUCUUUUGCUAAUGAAACGACAUUGUGUCUGAAAUCAUUAGUCCUCCACCUCUGAUUCAUGUGGGGAAGUUGGCAGUUACUUGCGGAGAACAGGUUUGUACUGGUACAGAAUCCAGGAACACUAGUUAGGUUAACUGCCCGCCGUUACAUGACUGAAAUACUGUUGAAAAAUGGCGUUAAACCCAAAAAAAACAAAAACAAAUCUUUUGCUAAUGUAUGAACAUGUCAUCAAUCUUAUGUUGACUAACAAACUUUUCUUUUUCUUCUAGUAUCAACUUGAGCCUUCUGAAAAUAUUCUGAAGAAUUCUUUGUGACAAUUUACUUUUGUAUUUUAUAUUUAUUGUGUUAUUGUGACUGAAAAAACUGAUAGUGACAGAAUAUAGUGAAAAUAGUGAUUGAACAUACUGAUAGUGAGAGAUAAGUGGUAAGACUAAUUCUAGUGUUGGAGGAGGUGACAUAUUAGAGGACUUCAGGUGUUUGAUUGAGAGAGCAUAAGAUAGGGGACUUCCAGGAGUGAGGAUGCCAAAAUUAAGAAAGAAGUCCGGUAGCCAAGCCAGGAAGGCUAAAACUGCUCACAUGAAAGAGAAAAGACAAGCAGAUAGAGGGAUUGACAUGGGUGUUAGGUAAAUGAACACCAACAUGUUUUGCAAACUAUUGAGUCCUUACAGUUGUAUGUUAGCUUUAUUUCACUUACAACAGAAUUUCUUCAACAAUUUAGUCUGAACUUUAUUACUGACUUUGAGAGUUACAAGUGUUGUGUAAUUUUGUUGGAAUGUACAAGUGUUCUGUAAUUUUGUUGGAAUGCCAAGAUGUUAAUGUUGUUAAUUUAUGAUUUACAUUUUCAGGUCUAUGGUUGAGUUGAAUGGUGUCAAUCCUGAUGCAGCUACACCAGAUGAGGGUCGGGAUGAUCCUACAGGUCCACUGUGGCCUGUGCCUAAUGUCGCGUCUGCGUCUAGGCCAUCUGGUAUGGGUACAGAUAGGCUCUUUGGUCUAUCUGUGCAGGGCACUGGAAAGCAGAUGGGGGUCGAUGCCCGCCUCUCUGAGCCCUCUGGGCCAUCUGCGCUGGAACUUGCAUUGAUUGAUAUUGAUUUUGAGCAGGGCACUGGAAAGCAGAUGGGGGUCGAUGCCCGCCUCUCUGAGCCCUCUGGGCCAUCUGCGCUGAAUCGUAGAUUGAUUGAUACUGAUUGUGAACUUGAUGAUUUGAUUGAUGAUUUGCUUGAUGACUUGCUAGAUGAUUUACUGAAUGAUUUGCCUUGUGAUUUGCCAACUGAUAUACUUGAUGAUUUAACAAGCUGUAUGCAAAAUGUUUCUAGUGGCAUACCAAGUGACUUGCAUUGUGAAACCAGAAAGGAAACUGAUAAAACUCUCCAGUUUGAUUGUACUAUGUUUACAUCUGAAGUAGAAUCAUCUGUUUUGUCUGUUUGUGAACCUUCAUAUGUUGCUGCACCAGUUUUCAAUACACUCUCAAGACCAGCAGGUUCUGAUGUAUUUAUCCUGGGCUCAUUUCAUCAAGGUGAAAAUAUUUUCAGUGUAGAGUCACGUGGCAGGCAAUGCACAUUAAAUGCUAUGUGUUCCUUGAUUCAUGCUAAUUAUUCAAGGUUGAAUUGCAGCAAAGACUUGGAUAAUGUUCUUUUAGAUGGGGAUUCAUUAUAUAAGAAAACUGUCCAAGAGCUCCAAAGAACAAAUAGAUUUAGGAAUUUCCUGUUAAAUUUUGAUGAACUUCCAGUCAAUAUUAUUAUCAUGAAUAAACAGAUUUCUGUUACCAAGUCUGAGGUCAUCUCUGGUGUUUGCACACAACAGUUUGCUACAAUGAGUUUGCCUUCUCUUUAUCAGUCAUUGGAUACUGCAUUUACCAAGUCCUCUUACUUGCUACUUAUGAUGGGAUCAAUUUGUUCAGCUGUGUUUAAGAAGGAAGACCAAUAUUUCUUUUUUGAUUCACAUUCACAUGGUCUAACUGGGUUGUCCUCAGUAAAUGGAGCAUCAAUUCUUAUUUCGUUUCACCAGUUACAAGAUCUUGUUACAUACAUGUAUGCCUUGUAUGACAGUAUGUUGAUCGACAUUACACAGCAAUUUGACUUACUGCCUGUACGUUUUGCCAAUGUUUAUUGUGAACCAACAAUGUUUUUAAGUGAACAGAAUGUUGAAUCAUUCAGUGUUGUUACUGGCACUCCUGGCUUAAAUGAAUGGGAAACUGUGACAAAUAAGAGGAAAAAGAAGUCUCCUAGUCAUCAUAGUACUGCUUGUGAAAAAGAUACAUUGCCACAAGAUUCGAACUGUGAUACUCAUGUAACACUCAUAGGCAAGUACUUCAAAGAUCAAAUGCAAAGAAGUAAAUUAAAGCAAACAAAUAAGCAAAAGAUGCCUUCGAGAACAAUUUACAUGAGAACUUACAUGCAGGAGAAAAGACAAAGUGAUGAAUUUAAAAAUAAGGAUAAAGAGUACACUCUUAAAUCAAUGCGCAAUGCCAGACAGUCUGAAGAAUAUCAGAAGAAAGAUAGACAGCGCUCGAUUCAAUCAAAGCGCAAUGCUAGACAGUCUGAAGAAUAUCAGAAGAAAGAUAGACAGCACACGCUCAAAUCAAUGCACAAUAGCAGACAGUCUGAAGAAUAUCAGAAGAAAGAUAGACAGCGCUCGCUUCAAUCAAAGCGCAAUGCCAGACAGUCUGAAGAAUAUCAGAAGAAAGAUAGACAGCACACGCUCAAAUCAAUGCACAAUAGCAGACAGUCUGAAGAAUAUCAGAAGAAAGAUAGACAGCGCUCGCUUCAAUCAAAGCGCAAUGCCAGACAGUCUGAAGAAUAUCAGAAGAAAGAUAGACAGCGCUCGCUUCAAUCAAAGCGCAAUGCCAGACAGUCUGAAGAAUAUCAGAAGAAAGAUAGACAGCGCUCGCUUCAAUCAAAGCGCAAUGCCAGACAGUCUGAAGAAUAUCAGAAGAAAGAUAGACAGCGCUCACUUCAAUCAAAGCGCAAUGCCAGACAGUCUGAAGAAUAUCAGAAGAAAGAUAGACAGCACACGCUCAAAUCAAUGCACAAUAGCAGACAGUCUGAAGAAUUUAGAGAGAAAGAGAAAGAAAAUGAGAAGAUGUCGAAAAGAAGGGCAAGAUUGGUAAAAGAAUUUAAGCUUUGGGAAGCAAAACAAAGAAGAGAGAAACGAACAAGUGAUGACAUUAAACAAAGAGAACUUGAAAUACAAAAUAAGUCAAAGAGAAAAUCAAGAUCAAAUCCAUAUAAUUUGGAAAGAGAAAGAAUUGCAAAACAGCAAUGGAGAUUAGAUGCAAGGUGUAAAGAUGCUGAAAAGGUUAUGGAUAGUAAAAGGAAAGUUUCAAAGAGAAAAGAUCCUUCAUUCUCUGAAGCUGAAUGCUUGCAAAAAAAGAGAAGACGGUGCGGACAAGAUAUUGACACUUGUAUUGAUCGUUUUAAAGAAAGAAUAUCACUUGGGCCUGUAUAUAUAUGCAGUUGCUGUCAUCAAACAUGGUUCAAACACAGUGUAACAGAAGUAAAAUAUUUGAUUUGCAAGGAGAAAGAAAAAUAUUUAACAGGGGUGAUAUCAGUCGAUAACAAGGAAUGGGUUUGUAGAACAUGUAAAUCUAGCAUAAACAGUGGUAAAGUACCGAAAUUGUCUGUUUUAAAUGGGAUGAAGUGGCCAAUUAAGCCAAAGGAGUUGGAACUUUUCUCAUUAGAAGAACGUUUAAUUGCUUUACGUAUACCAUUUAUGCAAUUAAGAGAACUCCCAAGAGGUCGCCAGUUGUCAAUUAAAGGAAAUGUUGUAAAUGUACCUGUUGAUAUUCAACCUGUUGUAAAUGCAUUACCAAGACCUUUUGAUGAAAAUGUUACGGUACCAGUAAAAUUGAAGAAAAAAAUGUCUUUUAAGUCAUGUGCUUUCUCUGAAAAUGUUAGACCUCACAAAGUACUUGUUGCUUUACAUUGGUUAAUGAAAAACAGUGAUCUUUAUAAAAAUGCUAAUGUUGAAAUUGAUGAACAUUGGAUCGAAAGUGUAACAGCAAACACUAAUGAAAUUUUGAAUGAAUUCUUGGAGUCUCAAGUGAAAAGUUUAAAGAAUACCAGUUAUGAAGACUUUGACUCUUGUAUGGCGGACCUUCUGGAGGAGUAUAAAAAUGAGCAAAAUUACAGCACUUUAUUGCGAUCCUGUUUUCAAACAUUAAUAAAUCAUGCGUCAAAUUUUGACAUCGAGGACUUUGAAAAUGUUUCUGGUGAAAUUCUUGACCAUUAUACAUGUGAAGAAAAGUCAAAAUAUCAAACUUCAGACAGUACAGGUAAUAGUGAAGAGCUGUAUGAUUCAGAUGCAGAAGAAGUCACACAGGAAAAUGUUGGAAAUAUUGACACUUUACUAGACGAUGCCAACCUGGAAAAUCGAAACAUGACAUUUACAUUUGCACCAGGGGAAGGUCAACAACCACUUAGCAUAUUUCAAGACACAGAUUCAGAAUAUCUUUGUUUCCCAAGCAUAUUUUGUGGUAAAAGGCGUCUUGAAAAUGAAGCAAGAAUUGUGCCAGUAAAUUAUAGUGACAUUGCAAAAUGGGAAUUAAGAAGCCAAGACAGAAGGGCUGCUAAUUGUGUGCCAAAUAUUUUCUUUAAACUAAAAAAGAUACAAAUGAAGCAGCUGAAUGAUAAAGCUAAUCUUGCUGUUAGAAGAUGUCAAACAGGUACAAGUAAAAUGACAGCAGCUCAAGUAAUAAACUCUGAGUACGUUGAUAAUAUUGUCAGAAAUGAUGAAGGUUACUAUUUAUUUAAACAACUUAGAAACUCACCUGCUUAUUUGGAAUCUCGAAAGAAAGAUGUAUAUGCAAUGCUAAGACAAUUAGGUAUGCCAACAUGGUUCAUGUCAUUGUCUUCUGCUGACACUAGAUGGAUUGAUCUUUUGAAAAUGUUAGCUACUUUAAAUGAUAAGGUCAACUAUUCUGAUGAGCAAAUUGAAGGAAUUUCUUGGGAACAAAAGAUUAAACUUAUUCAGUCAGAUCCAGUCACUUGUUCUAGAUAUUUUGACCGCAGAGUACAAGAGUUUAUUAAUACAGUUCUUAAGAGUGAGCACAAACCACUUGGAGAAAUUGCUGAUUUUUUUUAUAGAGUUGAAUUUCAGCAGCGUGGGUCUCCACACAUUCACAUGAUUGUAUGGGUAAAGAAUGCACCAAAAUACAAUGUGGAUUCCAUUAAUGAUUUGAUCGCAUAUGUGGAUCAGUUUUUGACAUGUUCUAUCAAUAGUCCAGCUGUUGGUUCUCUUAUAGAAAUUCAAACUCACAAACAUUCUAGAACUUGUAGAAAAAGAAUAGAUAGAAUUUGUCGCUUUGGUUAUCCACUACCACCUCUUCCCAGGACUAUAAUUUUGAACCCUCUUGAAACUGACAGAGACAAGUACCAUAAAUUAUAUCAACAAUUACAGAAAAAAAUGAAUGAUGAGAAAGAUGGAUACAGUAUGUCAUAUGACAACUUUUUGACAAAUGUUGUACAAAUGAGUGAGGAAGAUUACAUCAGAUGUAUCAGAAGUUCAUUGAAUUCACCAAAGGUAUUUUUGAAACGUAAUCCAAGUGAAAUACGUGUGAAUUUAUAUAAUGAACAUGUGUUGAAAGGUUGGAGGGCAAAUGUAGACAUACAGUUUGUGCUAGACCCUUAUGCCUGUGCAAUGUAUAUAGUGUCAUAUAUUAGUAAGUCUCAAAGAGGUAUGAGUAAUUUGUUACAUGCAGCUGCCAAAGAAGCAAGGAAUGGGAACUUGGAUAUCAAAAGGCAAGUGAGACAUAUUGGAAAUGUGUUUUCAAAUAGCGUUGAAGUUAGUGCUCAAGAGGCAGUUUAUUUGGUCCUUCAAAUGCCCUUAACCAAAAGCACAAGAGAUGUCGUGUUUAUUAAUACAUCUACUCCAAAUGAAAGGGUGCAGUUAUUGAAACCUGUGUCCGUACUUGAAAAUUUGCCAGCUGAAUCAACAGAUAUAAUGUCAGACAAUGUUAUUAAAAGAUACACAAAAAGGCCGAAAGUGUUGCAGCAUUAUUGUUUAGCGGAUUAUGUGUCACAGUUUGAAGUGAUUUAUCCAGAUGGAAAUGGAGACUCUGAUGAAAGAAAUGAUGAUGAAGAUGAUAUGGAAAUAACAGAUGAUGAGGAAUUAGAGGAAAUUGAAACAGUUAUAACUUUAAAAAGUGGAAUCAAAAUCAGACGUCGUCAAAACUCAAAAGUAAUCAGAUAUGUAAGAUUCAAUCGCAAAACAGAUGAAGAAAACCAUUACAGAGAAAAACUUCUAUUAUUUCAUCCGUGGAGAAAUGAAUUAACUGACUUGCUGCCAGCAAAUUUCAAUACAUACAAAGAACACUAUGAGUCAUUAAAAGAAACAGUUGACCAGAAAUGCUCUUAUUAUGAACACCAUGCAGAAGAAUUAGAAAUUGCUAGAGAUUUGGCAGAAGCAGAGUAUGAUGCAUUUGAUGAAAUUGCUCCUGGAACUCAGCAAGUAGAAGCUGAAACUGCUGAAGAAGAAACUGUGGAGUCAGAAACAUUUAUAUAUUUCAAUCCUGAUAGAGCAGUUGAGCACAGGGAAUAUGAUAUUGGCAUUGAAAUUGGAUGUUCUGUCAGUGCUCCACAGAUAGUUACAAAUGAAAAUGUUCUUUCUGACGAAGACUAUAGAUCUUUAUUGCAAUCAUUAAACAUAAAGCAGAAACAAUUUUACAAUCAUGUGAUCCAUUGGGUGAAAACUAAAGAUGCACCUUUAUAUACCUUCCUCUCAGGUGGUGCAGGUGUUGGCAAAAGUGUUGUUAUUAAAGCAUUAUAUCAGACCUUAUAUAGAAUACUUAAUCUUAAAGAAGGUGAGAAUCCUGAUGACAUAAGAGUUCUUUUAUGUGCAUACACUGGAAAAGCUGCAUUUAACAUCAAUGGUUCAACCAUUUCAUCAGCCUUCAAACAAAAGUAUAAGCAAGCAAAUCAAACAUUAACAUGUGAUGCUUUGAAUACUUUUAGAUCAAAGUAUAAGAACCUGUCAGUUGUGAUCAUUGAUGAAAUAUCAAUGGUAAGCAAUGGAAUGCUAAACUUCAUUAAUCAGAGACUGCAAGAAUUGAAAGGAACAAGAACACCAUUUGGUGGUGUAAGUAUAAUUGUUGUUGGAGACUUGUUCCAGUUGAAACCUGUGAGUGGUGAUUGGAUAUUUAAUGAUUAA